CAUGAGCUGUUUUUUUAAUAUUGACGAAAGUACCCUCAAAUCGAGUUUCGUUCUUUUUGGAUUAAAGACCCACCAGAAGUUUAAAUUCUCACUGACUCAUUUGUUUUUUUUUCUUGCAAUACCCUGAACCAAAGUUUGCAUCUUUCUCUUUCAUUUCGUGUGAAAGCAAGAAGCUUUGAGAAAAAAUGGGUAUGGGCACAAGCACUUUCGUUAUAAGAUGGGUCAAUCUUCUUACUAUGCUUUUGGCAGUGGCAGUGAUAAUAUUUGGGGUGUGGAUGAGUACACACGAUGAUGGAUGCAGAAGGUCUCUUACCUUUCCUGUCUUAGCUCUUGGUGGUUUCAUCUUCUUAAUAUCCAUAAUUGGGUUUCUUGGUGCGUGCAAGAGAAGUGUGGCGCUUCUUUGGAUUUAUCUUGGCGUGCUCCUGAUCGUUUUGAUCGCUAUUCUUGUCUUUACAGUAUUAGCGUUCAUUGUAACAAACAACGGGUCAGGGCAUACCAACCCUGGUUUAAGGUACAAGGAGUAUAAGCUGAAUGACUACAGCUCAUGGUUUCUAAAACAGCUUAACAACACUAAUCACUGGAAAAGACUGAAGAGUUGUCUUGUUAAAUCCGAGCAAUGCAGGAAACUUUCAAAGAAAUACAAGACCAUCAAACAGUUGAAAUCUGCAGAGUUAACCCCUAUAGAAGCUGGAUGCUGUCGACCACCGUCUGAGUGUGGUUAUCCUGCGGUGAAUGGUUCUUACUAUGACUUGAGUUUUCAUUCAAUAAGUUCUAACAAAGAUUGUACGCUUUACAAGAAUCAGAGGACCAUCAAGUGCUACAACUGUGAUUCUUGCAAAGCUGGAGUAGCUCAGUACAUGAAAACCGAGUGGCGACUUGUUGCGAUGUUCAACGUGGUUCUGUUCCUUAUCUUGUCAAUGGUUUACUUUGUGGGGUGCUGUGCGAGAAGGAAUGCUGCUAGUUACCGGUCCAAAGCUUAGAAACUGAAGCCUUGUCGUUGAAAAUCUCCAUUGGUUUCUCUGAAGUUGUAGAACCUUUGUUCAUUCUAGCAUGUUGGUGAAUGUUUUACAAAGAGAAGACUGGCUUGUGAGAGGCACAAGAACAACCACUUUCUCUUCAUUCUUUAACUCUGUGUAAUCAAUGAACUGAGACAGAUGGAAUUAAUACAUGAAAAU